GCAAUAUAUAAAUACGAAUUGGAGGAUUCAGUGGCAAACUCGCCAUAUAUGCAGUCAACGGCGAACGACGGAGAAGACAACCGGAGUCAACGGUGGUGCGAUUUCUCCACCCUUCCCCCCGGUGUCCGGUUCAGACCGACAGACGAAGAGAUCAUUCUCAGUUACUUGCUUCCCAAGUUACGCGGCGAAAAAAUACCUCCAAACCAAAUUUUACGCAUCAAACUUUACGAACAUGGUCCAGAAAGAAUCGAAGUCAUGUUUCGGAUAUAUCGGGAAUUCGACGAAGAAGUGUACUUCUUUACGACGAUACAGCGGAAGUACAAGAACGGGGAGAGGCCGAGACGUACAGUUCCCGGUGGAUACUGGAAGGCGACGGGGAAAGAGAGAGAGAUCUUCUCCGGCGAGACGUUGAUCGGAUUCAAGAAAUCACUGGUACUCUAUAGAGGAGAUCCACCAAAGGGCGAGAAGACGAACUACGUUAUACAUGAAUACAGAGCUUACGAUCCGGAAAGAAGCCGUCCUGGACCAGAUGGCAGAAAGUUGGAUGAACACGUAAUGUGUAGAAUGUACCAGAAGGCAGUGAAAGCCAUAGCCAUGGGCAGUGACAAGUUCUACGCAUGCAUCGGCCAUCAUGACUAUGACGGUCAUACAUUAUCAUCAUAUGAUACCCACCAGAACAAAUGUGAAUGAAAUUUCCCCUAUUCUUUUCGUCGGUGCUUUUGGUUUUGUUUUAAAUACAAAUAAGGCGUUU